AUGUUAGCCUUGGAAAGGCAAUCUGAUUCAGUCAUGCAACAGUUAGCUACUAUCACUAUGGAGCUACAAAAACGAAAUAACGACCAGCAAAGGGAGGGAAGUUACUCAAGGAAUCAGCAACACAAUUCUCACCAUCGUGACAACGACCAGGAACUGCAACCUAGACAGGUAAGGAUUGAUUUUCCUUACUUUCAUGGGGAUGACCCCAGUGGUUGGUUGUACAAAACAAAGCACUACUUUACUUUCUACAAUACUAUGCCUCAACACAAGCUAAGGUUGGCCUCUUUCCACAUGGAAGGGCCAUCCCUUGUUUGGUUCCAAGAUUUAGAAGAAUCUGGGACCAUCCAAGACUGGGAAGGGUUCACCAAGGCAUUAUUGGUCAGGUUUGGACCAUCUGCCUAUGAUGAUCCAAUGGAGUAUCUUACAAGACUCAAGCAAACUGGUUCAGUGGAAGAUUAUAAAACCAGUUUUGAAGGGCUGUCCAAUAGACUAAAGAAGCUUUCUGAGGACUAUAAACUGAGUUGUUUUCUCAGUGGAUUGAAGGACGAAAUCAGGUUGCCGGUACGUAUGUUUGGGCCUAAGAACUUGUUGACAGCUUACAGUUUAGCAAAAAUUCAGGAAGAGCAUGUUGGGUUGGUUAGAAAGGGGGUUAGGGGACUCGGCUAUGACCAUGAUCCGGGAAUCUUGAAAACACCACCACACUCCUCCUCAAGCUUACACAAUAACCUUAAAGCCCCACAGCACCCUAGUUCCAGCUUUCAUAACCACCCAAAUAGCCAACAAAGAGCCAUUGUACCAGUCCAUAAAAUCAAACCACAACAAAUGAAAGACCAGAGAGAUAAGGGUUUGUGUUACUAUUGUGAUUCCAAGUGGAAUCCGGGCCAUAAAUGCCAACAACCCAAGCUUUUUCUCAUUGAGGAGGUUGAGGAAGAGUUGAGUGAUACCUUGAAGGAGGAGGAAGCGAUAGAAGGGGGAGAGAUGCUGGAUUUUGUUACAAAUACUGUGCAACCAGAAAUAUCAUUACAUGCUUUGAUUGGUUCAGUCAACCCUAGAACCAUGAGGGUAAAGGGUAGAGUGGGGAACCAGAAGGUAGUUAUUUUAAUUGACUCUGGGAGCACCCAUAAUUUCAUAGACCCUUCUGUGAUUAAAAAGGCAAAAGUCCCAGUGAAUAGUGACAGAAUAAUUAAGGUAAGAGUGGCCAAUGGGGAGACAGUCAUGAGUGAAGGUAGUUGUGCCUCAUUGAGAGUAAGGAUACAAGGGAAUGUAUUUGUGACUGAAGCAUUUGUGUUGGUAUUAGUGGGCUGUGACAUGGUGUUGGGAGUGCAAUGGCUGCAUGAGUUGGGGUCCAUUAUAUGGAACUUUAAAGAAUUAUCUAUGAAAUUUCAUCAUGACAGCAAGGAGCUGCUGCCCUCUGGGGUUAUAAGGCCAAGCCAAUGCCCAUAUUCCUCACCGGUGUUGUUAGUGAGGAAGGCGGAUGGGACAUGGCGCAUGUGUGUGGAUUAUAGGUCCUUGAACAAGGUGACAAUUAAGGACAAGUUUCCUAUACCAGUGGUGGAAGAGUUAUUGGAUGAAUUAAGCGGGUCUAAACUAUUUUCAAAGCUGGAUUUGCGCUCCGGGUACCACCAAAUCAGGGUCAAGCCAGAAGAUAUCCCAAAAACGGCUUUUAGGACUCAUGAAGGGCACUAUGAGUUCCUAGUUAUGCCUUUUGGCGCUAACUUGGAUGAUCAUCUUAGGCAUUUACAAUUAACAUUGGAGUUGUUACAGCAGCAUAACCUGUUGGCUAAGCUUUCUAAAUGCAAGCUAUUACCGCCGUUUUAUAAAAGGGUAUGGAAGCAUAGCUGCCCCGUUAACACAGUUGCUAAAAAAAAUCAGUUUGCUUGGAAUGAGGAGGCAAAGGAAGCUUUUCAGCUCCUUAAGCAGGCAGUAAGUCAACCCCCUGUAUUGGUUCUUCCAGAUUUUGCCCUUCCUUUUAUAAUAGAAUGUGACGGAUCGGGAGGGGCAAUUGGGGCUGUCUUGAUGCAAAAGAACAGGCCCAUUGCUUUUUUCAGUCAGGCUUUAAAGGGCAGGAUCCUAAAUCUGUCCACCUAUGAGAAAGAGCUCUAUGCAUUGGUAAUGGCAGUGCAAAAAUGGCGACCCUACUUGUUGGGACACCCGUUUGUGGUGAGGACAGAUCACCAAAGCUUGAAGUACCUUUUAGAGCAGAAAAUAGGUACUCCUAUGCAGCAAAAGUGGACCUUAAAAUUAUUAGGGUAUGAUAUGUUGGUGGAGUACAAAAAGGGGCUGGAAAACAAGGCAGCAGAUGCCUUAUCUAGAAGAAGUGAGGGAGAGGAGCAAAGAGUGGAAGCCACCUUGGCGGUCAUUGCCUUACCAACCUUGGAGUGGAUGGAAGAGAUUAAAAAGGGGUAUAGGGAGGAUCCUAAAGUACUAGAGCUAAUGGAGAGAUUUCAAAAGGGGGAAUUACCUCAAAAAUACUCAGUAAGAGAGGGACUGUUUUUUUACAAGCAGAGACUAGUAGUGGCUGAUGAUGCAGCCUUCAAACAGAAAUUGUUGCAGCUGGUGCACUCUAGUGCCUUGGGGGGACAUUCGGGGUAUGAUAAGACCCUCCAUAGACUUAGAAGAGACUUUUAUUGGGAGGGUAUGAAGAAAAAUGUGAAGGAGUACAUUACGGAUUGUGAAAUCUGCCAGUGUGUGAAAGUGGAUUAG